AAGCUUGCUGGUCCGUCUUUUAAAUGCAUGCAUUUGAUCGGUGGUAUAUUGAUUUACAAUUAAUUCGUGAAAAGGUUAUUCCUAUGUGUAAAGGCUUACCCUUGGCAGCGAGUAUUCUUGGUGGCCUUAUAAGCUGUAAGCGAGAUGAUGAAUGGGAAUGUGUAUUGAACACUAAACUAUGGGAUUUAGCAGAUGAUAAUGAGAUUCUUCCCGUACUAAAGUUAAGCUACCAACAUCUUCCUUUAUGGUUACAAAGAUGUUUUGUAUAUUGUGCAAUUUUACCUGACGGUUAUGAAUUCGAGGAAAAGGAACUUGUUCUUCUAUGGAUAGCAGAAGGUCUAAUUGGAGGAGCACAAGAGGACGAGCAAAUGGUAUGUGAGCAAUUGGAAGAUAGAGGCUGUAAGAUUUUCCAAAAUCUACUGGAAAGAUCUCUUUUUGAAAAUUCAAGUAGUCAUGCUUCUAAAUAUAGAACGCAUGACCUUGUCAAAACUAUGGCCCGAUGGAUUCAUGGAGAAACAAAUUUCAGAUUAGAAGAUGUGUCAGGGGUCAAUGAGCGACCAGAAUGUGCCAACAAAAAUAAAUUUGACUCAUUCUAUGAUGUUGACAACUUACGGACAUUUAUGCCAGGACUCCUAUGUAAUGAUGGCAGUCAUCACAUCACUGAUGCGCUCCUUUCUGAUUUGCUACCAAAGUUCAAAAGACUGAGGGCGUUAUCUUUGGCAAAGCAUAGUAUUACGAAGUUACCCAGUUCAGUUGAAGGUUUGAGAUAUCUAAGAUAUGUCAACCUCUCCAGCACUAUGAUCAGAACGUUACCUGAUUCAAUAUGUUCACUACCCAUCUUGCAAAUUUUGCUAUUAAGGGAUUGCUCUCAUCUGGUAGAGUUGCCUUCCAAUUUGAGGAAAUUGAUCAAUUUAUGGUAUCUUGAUAUUACCGGUGUCAAUUUACUCAGAGAAAUGCCAUUGGGUAUGAAAGAGUUGACAUGUCUUAGAACAUUACUGAAUUUUAUUGUGGGCAAAGGUGUAGGAUCUGAUUUAAAAGAUUUGGAGGACUUAAAAUUUCUUGGUGAGCUUUAUGUUUCAAGAUUACAGAAUGCAACUAGUUCACAAGAUACAAAGGACUCCAUAUUAAAAGAUAAGAAGGAUCUAAAAGUGCUGGUACUAGAGUGGGGCUCUCAAUUGAAUGACACCCGAGAUGAGUUGGUGGAAGAAAAUGUACUGGCCAAUCUACAACCUCACCAAAAUCUGAGAGAAUUCACAAUCAGAGGUUACGGUGGCGCUAGAUUUUCAUCUUGGGUUGGAGAUCCAAUGUAUUCUAAUUUAGUGGUCUUAACAUUGGAAAGAUGUGAAAAAUGCACAGUAUUGCCUUUGCUUGGAUUGUUGAGCUCGCUUGAACACCUCACUAUUAAAGGAAUGACAGGAAUAAAAAGGAUAGGUUCUGAGCUUUUUGGAAAAGAUUGUUCACGUCCUUUUAAAUCGCUGAAGACUCUUUGUUUUGAAGAUUUUCAAGAAUGGGAGCGCUGGGACUCUGUUGCAGAAAAUGAGCAUGUUAUAGUAUUCCCUUGCUUGCGUGAGCUAUCCCUUGUGAAAUGCCCCAAACUCCGUGCAAAACUACCUGAACAUCACCUUAGGUCGUUGAAGAAACUUAGAAUUCGGGAAUGUGAGUUGUUAGAUGUUUCGUUCACAAGGCUCCCACUGUUUUGCCACGCAGAGGUAGACGGAUGUAAGAUGGAGUGCGGAGAAGAAUUUGUCUAUACAGAUAGAGUCCUCCUUAGAAGAAUACACCGGUCAGGUUGUCAUUUUCUGGAACUACUUAUAUUUUUAAUUUUCAUCUCAGUAUGGGCUCUUUCUUACUAAAUAACAUUUUAUCUCCUCAUCUAUUUGAAAUAACUAGCGACAUAGAGCCGACAGAUGGAUGCAAUAUAUCCUAGACCUGUAGUGAAGAUGACUCUUCGACUUCUGACUAGGUCGGAUUUCCCAACUUCUUUAAGGCCCUGUCUUGUCGGAGCAAUUUCUUGCAGGAAAACAAUGUUCUAUUAGAGGAACGCAACUAGAGAUAUCUAAUGUCUUUUCUUUGAAUAAAUGUAAAAGACUGUUUUUCUUUUUCAUUUCUAUCUAUGCAUUUACUUUUGUUUUUGUUGCUGGAUUUAUGAUGAUAUUAUAUUAGUCUUUCUUAA